GGAGAGGCACUUGGAACAGGAAAAACUGUUGUGUUUACAGGCCAUUCCAUUGGAGGUGGGAUUGCUACUUUGGCCACACUUGCUAGUUUGGAGAAAUCUGGUAAGGGCGCCUCUGUUUUCGCCAUCACAUUUGGUUUUCCCCUGAUUGGAGAUGAAAUUCUCGCCAGAGUAGUUCGUAGGCAGGGGUGGGCCAAUCAUUUCUAUAACGAUGUUUCAAAGAAUGAUGUUUUUGCCUGAAGCCUGCAGUGAAGUUAAGCCCUUACAGGCCAUUUGGGUACUAUUUGUUCUGCUCAGAGGAGGGAGGUUUUUUUGUUGAAAACAAUGAGGCUGUGCUGCCCAUCCUAUUUUAUUCCUUGGCUAGUGCUCAAGGUCAGGCUUCCAGUCUUCAAUUCCCACACAAACGUCGUCAAUUUGGAAGGGCUUCAAAAUCUUCCAUUGUCUCAAGGUGCACCACAAUCUUCUGCCAUGGAAAUCCAACUGAAUGCUCUUGGAAUCGGCAUUCAGAACACAAGAGCUAGACUUGCACUGAGAGCUGCAGGAGAGGCGGAACAUAAGCUGAUAGACAACCGCAACAAACUAAAGGAUGAACUGGCAAAGUUGUUAGAAGGACAUAUGACAAAAGUGAAAGAGUAUAGAACCAGAUGUUUGAACAAGCACGUUGGAUACUAUGACGCUUUCAGGGAACAAAAGGAGAAAGAAGAUUUUCAUGCCAACCUUAACAGGCUUAACCUUGCUGCCUUUUAUGACAAGUUAGAAGAUAUGGUGGAGACCCACCAGGUGCCCGAUGACUUCCAAUUCAUUGAAGAAUUGAUAAAAGAUGGAACAGAAUAUAGGCUUUAUGUGGAGCCUCUGGACAUCGCAAAUUACUACAGGUUGGGCAAGCAUGAGGAUUCGGGGCAUUAUAUUAGAAAUGCAAGGCCUCGUCGUUAUAAAACUCUUGAAAAGUGGUUGGCAGACAUAAAACCCGAAGAAAAGAAGGUAGGCGUGCUUGAUAGUAUCCCAGGUAAAACAAAGGACUCCUUAUUCUGGGCUCAUGUUGAAGAAGUUUCAUGGAUAAUGAGUAAUCCAAGGGAAAAUCUAGAGGUUAAGAGGACCAGGUGCAACGAUUUACAGAACAUUGUGAGGCAGCUGUUGGAGAAAAAAGAGUUAUGUAAGGAGGAGGUUGUGAUGGGAGAAUCCAGUUUUGUGAAAUGGUGGAAGAAGCUCAGCCCACAAGACCAACAAAUCUCCCCAAUGGCCUCUAUUUUUCAAGGCUGAAACUAGUGCUCCUAUUAUCAGAUCUUGAAUUGCUCCUCUUAAAGACGUUGUUAAACUAUGUUUGUGUUUCAAUUAAGCGUUCUCCCUGGAGAAUGGUACAUAAACUUAUAUUUUACUUUUGUAGGUUGGUUUUGUUUGGUUUGUUUUUGUUUGUUUGUUUGUUUUGUUUUUGUUUUAUUUUUAUUUUAUUUUAUUUUAUUUUUUUCUUCUCGAAUGUAGAUAGCUUUAUUUUAUACUCUUUUGUAAUGCAGCACAGUAAUGUUUUCUCUGGUUAUUCGAGAAUACUAAUGUAAAUUCUCUCCAUGCAAUUUGAAUGGUUGAAAAAAAAAAUGUGGGACUUUUGCUUUCUA